AAUCAUAUCCAAUUAAUGUGGGUAUCUCCCAGACUCUAUAAAUAUCAUAGGAUGUAAGGACUCCAAAAUAGCAGAGAGUGUAACCAAACUUCCAUAUUCUUGUUCUUUCUUUGCUGCUGCCAUGACUAGAAAGAAGGUUAAGCUUGCAUAUAUCACUAAUGAUUCUGCAAGAAAAGCAACUUAUAAGAAAAGGAAGAAGGGACUAAUGAAGAAGGUGAGCGAGUUAAGCACCCUUUGUGGGAUCGAUGCUUGUGCCAUAAUUUAUAGCCCAUAUGAUUCUCAACCUGAAGUUUGGCCAUCUCCUUUGGGAGUCCAACGAGUGCUGGCUCAGUUCAGGAACAUGCCUGAGAUGGAUCAGAGCAAGAAAAUGGUGAAUCAAGAGAGUUUCCUCAGGCAAAGGAUCACGAAAGCCAAUGAGCAGCUGAAGAAACAGCGCAAGGAAAAUCGUGAGAAGGAGAUGACACAGGUCAUGUUCCAGGGCUUGAUUGGAAAGAGCCUGAACAGCUUGAACAUGAUGGACUUGAACGAUCUUGGAUGGUUGAUAGAUCAGAACUUGAAGGAGAUUCAUAAGAGAGUUGAGACUCUUAACAAAGAGGCUAAUAAUUCCCAAGUUGUAGCAGCCGCGGCAACAUAUGGGGCAGGACCUAGUGUGGAGGUUAAAAUCAGCCCUGAGCAAGCAGAGAGGCAAGCUUUUGAGGUGAACAUAGAUGCCAUGCAGAGGCAACAGUGGCUCAUGGACUGGAUCAACCCACAAGAGCCUAUGGGAUUUGGUGGGGAUGAGGUCAAUAAUCUCCCUUUUGGGGAUGCCAAUCACAAUGCUCUUUGGUCUAGUGCAUUUUUCCCAUGAAGGGAGAUUCAAUUAGGGUUUGCAAAUUCUGAAUUUCUUAUGUCUUAUGGGAUCAUCUGAUGAUGUUUAAUCAAUUGGGACAUAUGUUCUCAAUCUG